GCGAACUCAACAUGUUCUCGGAAAAAAGGAGGAAAAGAACACUUGUUCUUUCGUCAAGAUACCAGCCGCCUCGAGCUUCCCAAGAGGCAGUGAAACAUUCGAUAUCAGAAAAUGAUGCAACCGAUCAAGAAUCUUUCACGACAUGCCCUCGUAUACUUCGCGUAACCUGUAAAUCUUGCGUUUUACAUACGGAUGAGCAUUCACUUGAGAAGCGGAAUACAAAUUACCAUAAAAACGGAUGUUAGGAAUUCAUUGCACACAUUCGUAAUUUAUAUUUUGCACCGGCUGAUUCGAAUCUUCGUUGAAAACUGGCUGAUGACGGUAGCGCUUUACCCGUUGUUUCGUCUAACAAAAGGAAAAAUUAAAAUCAAAAUAUUCAGCUAGGCAAAUUUAUUCAGAAAUACACCGUUCUCUCAUUUAAAUUACGAGAUAAUUCGUAGGGCAAGGUAUUGUGUUCUUCUCUUUCAUACGAGUCGCCGUAAAAUUCGAACUUCAUUCCAAGUUAUUGUGUCGUGGUUUCUUCCAAGUUUAAAGCCCUCUUGAUUUAGCGAUUCUUUAGUUUUUCGAGCACGGCCGAGAAACAGCGGAAUGAAGAUUUGUUUGUAAAGGAAUGAAACGCUUUACUGUUCUCGCUUCACGCGGUAUGUUCGUACUAUGAAUCUUACACAAGUAAGCUGCCCCUUCGUUGUCCAUAAUUCCCCUUCAUCUCACCCUAACUUCUUUACUAAUUCCGUUUCUUCCAUCUUAGAUUUUCGAUGUACGUCGCGUUUUAUAAAGUGCAACGAAAGGAGAUAAGGAAGAAAAAGAUAUAAGAACGUCAUACAACAGUGCGAAACAGCGCGCCGUAAAGUUUAGAUGCGCGUUUCUCUCGUCAAAUACCAGCAUAGCUUUGAAUGAUCCAAGGAAGUACGACUUCCCCUCCAGCUUCCGCUUUGUGAAGUUUUUUAAAUUGUAUCUUCUUCACUUUUCGCCACCAACAACCCACAUACGAAAGUUUGAUCUGAAAUUUCUAAACGUCUUAUUGUGAACGGUAUCCUACACAAAUGGCAAGAGUAUAAACUUCUCGAAAUAAAAAUAAUAAUGGAACAACAGAGAUAACGUACAGAAGGAGAAAGAAAAGGGAGGAGGAUGGAAGAGUUAACAACUCGAAGAAAAAACGUCCGGUCUAUUUCAUUUUUUAGGUGGAAACAAAAUAGGAUUUUACCGAGCUAAUUAACCGACAAUCACAGGCUCAAGUCGGGCACCGUCCUUAAAUCCGUGCUUGGCUACGUGAAACUGAUUAAUUUUAGCAUUUCAUUAAAAACUUCGCGUCGUGCGAAGAAACGAAACAAAAGCUUCGUUUGCGAACAUAAAUAUCGUCCUUCUAAACCUACGUAGUUCCGUGUGAGCAGAACAAAUUUUCAUAUUUCAAAAAUGGCUUGAAACAUCACCUGCGUGAAACAGACGGCAUAGUUGCAUAUUCAUUUCUGUUUCGUCUACGUUUUUUACACGUUUUACACGUUUUAUGGAUGUUCUUUCAUUCGACGUUUCAACAGCACUGGUAGUUAAAAUUCAAACACAAAGAUCCGAAGCUUUUAUGAUCUAACAAUGUUGACCAAUGUUGGCUAAGGUAUUACAUUACACGAGAUAAAAGUACGGACAAGGUAGCAAAAUAUUCCCUACCAUUCGGCAACUCCAUUAUUCCUGUAUCGUAUUCAUCUCCGUUUACAUGAUUUCUGUUACUUCUACGUCGUAAAAAUAAAAACGAUAGAACCAUUAUAAUUGCCAAAAUUCCAUUAUCUCCAAUGAAAUUAUGAAAACGAAUUUAUAGUUAAUCGACAUACUGUAAUUACGAUACAGCUAAUGUGUAAAGUCUAAUUAAACGUUUCGAUGUAUGCAAUGUGUGUACGUCGAUACCUGCGAAUCGUUCGUAUUUCAUUCUCAUACGUCAGUCAUAAUUAUAGAAAUGAUGAAAGAAGAAGUCAUUAAGAUAAGUGGCGAGCUUAAUGAGCGCCGGGGAAAGUUGAAUUGAUCGAAUUGCUCGUGACAGGACGGGGCCCGUGAUAACGAGCGCCACUAGAGAUAUCGCGUGGGAUCGAAUUUCCUAGGAAUUCUAUAUAUAUAGUAUAUCAAGAUCCAGCGCGCGAACCUCGAAAUAUCGUUCCCGCUAAUUGUCGGUUACUCUUUAGUACAGGAACGGGUCAGUUCUAAAUAAAUUAUGGCGGAACAGACGGAAAAUCGAUUCGGCUGGAGCGAAAGCUCAUCGUCCGAAUCCGUGCGUCGGCUUCAACCCUGUAACUUGUCGUUUGCCGAUUGAUGGCUGCUUCUUCUGUAGCGUUUCGACAGCCACGAGAAACGAAGGCGUCGCGAAUAGACGGAAUUGGAUUCCGGUGUAGUGAUUGCAAAUGCGACUACACCCGCAUCCUUGUGAUUCUGUCGUGCUCCCCUGGUAUUCACAGGGCACCUCGAUUUUCAACUUAUCGAUCCGAUUCGCUGGCGGGUUUAAUUUUCUUCCAGCGUCAUGCUUCUUCCGUCGCCUUGGCGUGCACCGCUGUCCAAGUACCCCAUAAAUAUGUUACAGCUACACGGUCAAACACGUUUUUUCCCUGCUGACAGCAGUCCAUUGAUAUUUCGGCGAGAAAGUCUAGUCUCCACGAGUACAUUCACCGCUCGCGAUAAUCUUCGUGCAACUGUGUUUCCACAAAUAGAACGAGAAAGAAUUUCACAGCAUACGAUUCAUGUUAUUGCACUCGAUUAGGAUUGCUUAAUUAUUAUCUUUUUUUUUCUCUCUUUUUUAUACGUGGGGAAAUCCUCAUGGACAUCCCGCCGCUCUUCUGGGAAGCGACGGGGUAGUGUCGGACUUCACCGACUAAGACCUCACGGUGGUCCGCCUGACGCUCAACAGGGGUGCCCCGGGACUAAGAAAAGGCAAGAAGAAUAAACCAAAAAGACGGAGUUGAUUAAUUACGCUUGAUUGUUAUCUAGUCGCAGUUUGUUUCGACGAUAGCGCCCCAAGAAUAACCAAGGAACGCACUUACCGAAAGAAUAACUCGAUACUCUUGGUUAAAUCGGAGAACCAGGUCGACAGAAAUACAUGUGUUACUUUCGAAAUUACGCUUUCACAUAAUUUUAAACCGGGUCAAGUUGGAACGGGGUAUACGGUUCACAUGCAGAGGUUCGUGCGUGGCUGUUUACUCAAGAUUUUCGGGCCGGUCGGUUCGCCAGAAAGUUUGCCCGCGUUGCAAUAUUUCUGGUAACGUUUGCACGAGCCGGCCGCCAAGGAACCAAGAACGGAGUCCACUUUGGAAAAUUACUCGUAGAUCAUAAGAAUUGUUCGACCAUAAACCACCUCUAUACGGUCACGUCAUAGGGCCGAAUAAAAUAAGAAAUGUUCCAUCUGUUUGUAUAGUUUUUACCCGAAAUUGGCAUUGCAGCAUAGAUCGAAGUCGCUGUAUCUCUCAGAUAUAUCGAAAGCUGUGACAGAACUUUUGGCACCUCUUUAUGAUUAAAGAAUGGAUCCGAUAUUCUAUGCUCUCGUCUUUAAGCACCAGUUAUUCUUUCGAUAAUCGAAAAUAACGCGUAAAAUCUACUGGAAAAGUAAGCUUCAGAAUUUUUGAAACGUUAUUUCGGCUCCGUAGUCGGAAAUGGAGUUGAUCUCUGCUCUUGAUGGUACUGAAAAAGAAGCCCGAUGUAAGAAAUUUCAUCGCCUUCCGACGGAUAACCGACAAAGUUGCACCUAAAGUCUGUAGCGAUAUAAAAGAAACGCAAAACGAAGGAACGGGUGUAUGAAGGGACUACGCGGAACGAAUGAUAGGAUCGAAGUUCGAUCGCGAAGAUUAAACGAGGAUCGAAAGGAAGCCGGAAGCAAGCCAAGGGUGCAAGUCUGCCCGCAAAGUGAAACAAAUUGCCGCGAACGAGCCCCGAUUCGUCGACACAGUCGUUGAUCCUUCCCCUAAUUCCGUCAUAGAAAAUCCGGCAAGAUUUUAAAGUCGAUCUUCGAUUCUCCUUCAACUUUCGGAUAAUCUUCUUGCGUUCUUUCGAGUAUCCGUGAAUUGUCGAAUUUCGUCUUUGAGAACCGCAAUUUUCUACUCGAUAUGCUUUACCGUAGAAAUGGUCGAAGGGUAUGAUUUAAACGCUAAACGCUAAAACGGUCACGUCCCGCAAUAACGGCCAGUAUCAAAAAUCUUGAUCGCGAGAACAGCUUAAUUCUCACUUUUUCGCUGCGUUUCCAGUAAAAACCUCCGGAAAGGCAAUUAAAAGUUCCAAGCUGUUUACCGGCGGGCGAGCAAAAGCCGUGAACAGGUAAACAGAGAAUUAAAGUUUCCGAAACGAAACGGGUUCGCCGGCUAGUGCUUAACGAGGACUCACGAAAUGCGUCUUUUUAAAAAUCCCGUAAUUAUGAAAACCUUCGUUAUAAACUCCACCGACCAAUCGUAAAAUUUUAAUGGUGCCACUUGGAUCUUUACUCUUAUUAAUUUGAUUUCACGCGUAUAAUUAUCGCGGGAAUAACGGCGCUGGCGGCGGCGCGUCGCUGUGUAUAAAUGAGAAGCUUUAUGCACGACAUCGAUCGGGUUCCAAAAACAGAGAGAUAUAGUCGAACACAGUGAACAGAUUCCGCGUUAUAACGCUUUAAAAGUAUUUCCUUAGUUUUCUCUUAUCGCCGGAUGCCAGACCGUCAUUUACGUUCACGGACAUCGAAUUUUAAACAUCGUUAUCAAGUCUCUUCCUUUAGUUACUUCGUGUUAUUAUAGAGUCACAACGUUUAAUUGCUUCUUCGCGUGUUCGUUUCUAUUCGAUGAAACGAUGAAACUAUCGACGAGUUCGUUCCUACAAUAUUGAUAGGUCGUUUGGCAAUCGUGCCGAACUUAUUUGCAGCAAGACUUUUUGCACGGUGUCCAACCCCGAUAACGAUCGGAUAAUGCACCAUCCGUGGCAGAGAAUCGAAUCUAGAAUCGGAAGUUUGAGAUCUUAAUCUACUUUUAAUAUCCUGCGUCUGAGAGGUCUCCCGUAGCUCAAUGAUCGCGGAUCAACGCCAAGGAAUGGAAAAGUUUGCUCGUUCGACUGGUGAACCGAGAGAUACCGGUCGUUCAUUUUCUCACGGAGAUUGCAAUGGAAAAGAAAAGAAUACCCAUCGAUGGAAACCGAAGCUAACUACCCCGAGAUCCUGGCCAUCCAUAGGGUCAAAGAGAAAUGUCACGGAGGUGAAUCUUGUCGAAACUCCAGACAUCGUACCAUUCCGUUUUCAACUCUGUCAAGAUCAGGGAAAUUCAUCAAUCUUUGUACGGACAAUCCUUGUCGCGGCUUAAUCUGCAAACGUAUGUAUCUCUCGUCACGUCUGACACGUUCUACUUUCUAACGAAUAAAGUUCUAUUCAAUUGCGUUCCGAUCGAUCUUCCACGAAUCUUAUUAAACGAUUAUUUGUCUUCCAACUUGAUCGUUCUCGCGAUAUCGGCCGGAUCAUUUCUCCAUCGUUAAUAAAAUGUCGAGCGUAACUAAUACGCAAUUAAUACCCGGCACAGACCGAGCUAUCGAUGAUUCAAUGAUUAGAAGUAGCUUCAACUAAUUACACGCGUAUCGCUCCGACCCUACGAUUAAUCAUUAAUUACCCUGGCUAAUGAAUUUCACGCAAAUAAAUACGAUAACAUAGCGAAAAGUUUGAUCUAUGGCCACAAUAUACGGAAAUAGUCGUACCGAUGCUUGCAGUCGAACGAUAAAUUCAGAACUCCGAGAUUAAAUAUAUAUAUCUUCUUCAACCAAGAAGCAAACACCUUUUUCAGAAUAAAAAUUCAUUACUUUCAUUAACUCUGUCGUCGUUUCGCUCGCGCUUACGAUACAUUUUUGUUACUUGGUCCGUCAUUCGUGCGUGUAUGUGGGUCGAAUGAACGCUAUUUCUCUUUCGCCGGGCUAAAAAAGCUUGGUGCAUAUUAAAGUACAUCGCGGCCAACUGCAAAUCAUAAAUCAAAGAUUAUGUCUAAACCGCGUGCAUUUUAAAUAGCAAUUAAAUGUUUUUCCGCCACGUAGAAAAUUUAAUACAUCUUCGUUCUAAUUACUUUCCCUUCAGAGUGCUACUUACGCGCUCUUGCGCGUGGUUGCAACAACGCUUCAACAUUUUCCCAGCAUUUUCUCUCUACAUUUUUAAUCUUUCCUUCCGCAUAGAUUUUUUUGUUCGUUUGAAAUUUGGUUGACCGCUGUAAUAAUUUUCGUUAAGUCAGAUCCUGUGCUGGUAAGAGAUAUAGAGUAGGAUAGUGUAGAAAAGUUUUGAUAUACUUGAUACAGCGUGUCAUCCGCAUGCACUCGUUAACUUAUGAAACUGCGAACCAUCGUUUCUUGAACGAAACCGACCUUCAUCUACCUCUAAGAUAUUUCACGCUUCUCAGACGUGUAUGACGAAAAUUGUGAAAUGGCAAGUUCGAAUGGAUUCAACUUACAGUCAUGCCGGUGUGGAAUAGCGUCGAUUGAAUUCUACUCGAGAUCUGAAAAAAGUAUUAUCAAGACGAUAAUAUUAAUUUUCAAACGGCGUAUAAUAUGUGCGAGACUGCGAGAUCAAUUACUCUUGGAAUCGUGUUACAAAUUGUUUAACAGCACACACAAUAUUGAAUUUCGACAGACUACUCUGUGUUUCGAUUACAUUCGAGGGUAACGGAAUACAUACCUUGUCUGCUUACUACCUAAUGUAUAUCUGCUUACCAGAGAUCCUUCAUCAGUUGAAUUCUAGGGGCGUUUGACUCGCAAUAUGCACAACGAUCUCCAGUUGCAAGUUUACUUGGGCUCCGUUCGUGAUGGAAUUGCAAGCGAAAACUGACUUUCGUCAAUUCAAACGAUCUUCUUUUUUCAAUACACGCCUUCUUGCUCUCUUUACGUAUCGUCUGGUAUGAAACCGAAUCGUCUGGUAAAAAUCAAAGUUUGACGUGGGAAGGUAAAAGCUGAAAGCGAGGUUUGCAAUCUGUCAUGAAACACCGACUAUGUGAUAGGUAAACACAUACUUUGUUAAACUUUCAGAACACAACACAGUGAAUAUAAUCGCUGUAACGCAUCGAUUAAAUUAACGAGACAAACGAGUGGAACUCGUCGCGUGACUAUGACUUUUAGAAGCUGUCUCUCGGUUGUCUAGCGGGUAUAUCAUCGAUAUGAUCGAGUCUGCUAUCGACUAACUUGUAUCACCUUCGAUUCACGGUAACGGCGAAUUCCCUCGAGUCUCGGUACCGACGUCUUACUUUAUCAAAUUUUAUGGAAUGGAAAACCCGAGUAUUUUCUCUGUUCGCUGGACAAGCGGCUUCUCGUGGGGAUCAGUGAAACAAUUUGUAAUAUAUCGAAAGCAACAAACGGCAAGGAAACGUUGGAUUAAAUGAAAUUGAUAAGCGAAACGAUCGCUGUCUUUCUCUCUCUCUCUCUCUCUCUCUCUCUCUCCUUUUUCUUCGUAGCUGAUAUUUCUUUUUUCUCUCUUGUCAGAGAAACAACGUAUUUGCUUGUGAUCGUAGAAUCCUUCAGGAAACCACUGCAUCUCCAGAGACAUCGCAGGAAAUCUUCAUUACCGGUAUAGAUAGGAAGAGGAGAAAAUCCGAUGAAAUAGUCGGACGACGGGGCAGAUCGGGGCAGGUGUGGAAGUUUCGAAUCCAACGGGAGAGAGACUGCGUACACGGGUCUUGCAUCAGAGCGUAAUAAAGGCGAUGAGCGUUCUUUCAUCAGGGAAAAAAGUUUUGUCCCGUUUUGCCGCGGGAACUUCCGCGGCGCCAAGAAAAUCUAGUUUGUCCCUGAGUGAAUAUGCAUGGAAUAGGAAAGGGAGAAAAUAUAGAUAUCGUUCUUAAUGCGACGCGCGAAGAUACGUUCACCAAUGUAAGAAGUAGAGGAGAGAAAGGAAAGAAACGAAAGGAAGAACCGCGUUAUCCUUUGUCUUUUGAAAUGGGAAACGCUAUUUUUAUUCGGCUAAAUACAACGGAAACAUCCCACGGCAAAGAAAGGUAAUUUACAAUAUGGCAAGGGGAAGGUUUUAACGUUAUAUGCCAGCGAACCAAAUGAAACGAACAGUCGAUUGUAUAUCAUCGGCGUGCGAACCCCUGAAUGAUCAUUGAAUGAGCAAUUAUAUUUCGAAGAGAUGGAGCUGGUUUCGAUCGAAGGUACGAUAAUACUUUACUGAACGACCAAGUUAGAAAAGAGAGAAACCAAGGAUAAUGGAGGAGAAAGAAGAGAUUAACGCGUUUUACGCACGACCCACCAUUGUUUUAAUUUAAUUUUUACUCGCGCGUCUGUAUAAUCCGCAAGGGAAUACUAGCAAACGUUUUCCUUAUCGUGUUCGUUUUACCCUGUGUAUGGCGUGUUCGUUUUAUCGGUAUUCUUCUAGUUUCAUUACACGUAUAUACAAACAGUCACGUACCAGCGUAAAUACAAUCAGAGUUUUUGAAACCAGAAGUGUGGAAAUAUUGUGUUCCUAGCGUCUGUAUUAGAACGCACAAGCUUUUUCAGUCUCUCCCACCUUUUAUCUUCAAAUUGGCGCGCUCGCGUCGCUGCAGCCGGAAUAUGAGCACUAGACUCGUACAUUUUGCUUAACUUUACACGUUGUUCUCCUCCUGUAUCCUUUCGCUAGGAAGCUCUGUAACUUUGUCGCGCUAAACGAAAGAGUUCAACGUUUUCUCUUAUCCAAUUUCUUAAUUUUGUUUUUUUUUUCCGUUUCCAAGUUCUCCCACCUAAUCUAUACUUAGAGCUUUAACUUUAUUUAUAAUUUGAGCGUAUAACGUGGCAAGGUCUGAUCAAAUUUCUUGUAUCAAAUGUAAAGUUACUGCAUACCGCGUUCAACCGAAACCGUGCACACGGUUAUGCACGCUUGAACGAGGAUAGGUAAGAAAAAAAAAAAAAAUCGAGUUGACCGAUUCGUCGGUUAUUCCAUUAACUUUGGUCAGUGAGCAGUAACGAAGCGGGGCUCGGCAGGGAGUGCAAUGUAAAUUGGCGGUAAAAUAAAAAGAGAGGAAAUUGACCAGGGGGUGGUGGCGAUAGGCAACGCGCGUAUGGAAUUUCCGGUGGUGUCCUUUGAGCCUUCAGUGGCGGAAUGAGAAGCAAAAAGUGCCGGAAACAGAUGUAUCCGUGCAGUUUUUGCUUUUUCCUCGCCUCCCUCCCUAUCUCUCUCUCUCUCUCUCUCUCUCUCUUCUUCUGCCUCUCUUUCUCUCGAUCGAUUCACCAUUUUUCUAUUUUUUCCUUUUCCUUUUUUCGUUUCGAAACACGGUGGCUUCCUAUGGUAAUAUCGAGGGGAUGCACUUGAUCGCUAAAACGCGUAACAUUCUUUGCAUAUAGAUGCGAUAUCUCGCUUUUUCUUUUAUGGUGCACUCACCUUCAAACAUUCACCUAUAGAUAUACAUGCAGAGUGAUAAAAGCCGAAUUUGAAAAAUUUAUGUUAAAGUAAUACGAUAUAUCUUAUUUCUACUGUUUUUUCAUAGAAAAAUUAUUGACUAUUACUAAUUAUUGACUCGUGAAUUAUCAUCACCGUGUUUCUGAUAAAUAUCUCUUCAAAAGAUAUGUACGAUCUAUAACAACGAAAUUGUUUCGUAGAGUCGUAAAGCUUCGGUGAAAUCCCAGGCCACGAAAAACGAUUGCCUUUCCAAUUAUACAACAUAAUCAACGAUGAUGCAUUAGGCGAUCCAUCGUUCCCAGUAGGAACCAGUUGCGAACGAACUCUCUGUUUGAUUUCAAUCUCUGAAGAAGUAGAACUGAGAAGAUAUUUGCCCGGUAAUCCACAGGGUAAGCGUAUCCACAAAUCUAAUAACGUAAUUGCAUGAUACGAAGAACGAGCUACUGAUAUCCGUUCUUCAAGACGAACAAAAUAAGAGAAAUAAAUAACACGUCCACGCAAAACUAGCUUUUUGCUAUAUAAAACAAAAGGGGAAUAACAACGUUCGUUCCCAUUCAUGAUCACAAAUAUAUCCGAAUAUUCGUCAUUGAUUCGUACAAAACUACACCUGUGUGCUACAUAUAUCUAUCUAUAUAUAUGCGUGUUCAGCAUUCACAUAAAAUAUGUUAUCUACGCCAGAUAAGAUACUCUUUCCACGUCGGCGAGUAUAGCAAUAAAAUCAAACGUAGUAAGCGUCGAUCCGUCAAUCGAUCAUUUUACCGCCGUCGUGAACUUUCCCACGUAGAUAAUACCGUAGAACAGGUAGAAACUUUCCGCAUUUGGUCGUCGGUUAUCGAGCGAAAUGUUUUCACCAGCUACGCUCUUGUUUUUCCUCUCAUCUGUUGUUCUUUGUCUCACAGCAAAAUCCACGGUACGUAUUUACACGUUUUUAACACGUUUAAUUGUACGAACAUUAAUUACGCACUUUCGGCACGCUUGUACUCUAUUUUCUGUGCCAUCCACCAUAGCAUGGUUAUAGGAAUUCAUUAAUAGUCAUGCAAACUCUGUUGCCUAAUUUCAAACAAAUUUUCGUUAGAUUUCCAGAGAGUAUAGUGAAUACUUACAACGCACGAGGUAAUUCAUGACAGCGAGUGUUGCGAAAUAUUCGUCGGCACGUAAAUACAGGCGAGUUAGCGAGGAAAGCAGAGACGUUCCGAGAGUUAAAUGUCGUCGGCAGCCGUCUUCUUGCAAUUGGUGUAAAAUUGGAAAGGAAGGAAACCGUAGGUUCCAGUAGGCGUUGAACGCUCUCCUCGGGGAGCUUUAAAGCCGAAACUUCUCUGGUUUUCGUCGUCUGCAUAACUGUUGGUUGGCGCGCGCACACGACCUCGUAAAGUUCUGCGCGUCGAAAGUCCGCUCCCGGUUAUCGCGUGAUUAAGCUGUUUAUGCGGCCGAUAUUACGUUUCCGGGUCACAUGAUUUUAACAAGGCAAGUUAAAUAAUAAACGAAAGAACCGUCCUAUCUGACAAACUUUUAACGAGAACAACGAGACAAGCGGCUGGCCAACAAAUAUUUUAACUUAAUUUCGUGAGAGAUCUCGAGAUCGUGAGAUUGUGCCUUAUUUUCUCGCGAUAACAAUGGAAUUCUUACAAUUUUCCCUUUGUAGGGAUCGCAAAAUCGAAAAAUAUUCCCUCGAUUCGAUUUUCGAAUCGGGACAGAGUUUCAAUUUUAGUUAUAAUAUAGUCGCGUUGAAAAUGAGCCGCCGAAAAUGUCGGUAAAAUUAUUAUUGGGCCUUUUGCGAGCGUGUCACAGAAAAAAUGUUGAUCGGUAUCGAUAUAGAUGUUUACUUUAUGGAAAUGUGGCGUCAUGGACUACGCUAGGAGAUUCCAAUUUCGAUAUUCGUACAUUCAGCUUUUCUUGCUAUUGACAAAAGAGCAAAUAUUUCGUUGGAGAAAGUUAUUUCAGUUGUUUGCCUUUAAGAAAAAUUCGUACGAAUACCGGACUUUUAUGAUUCUUAUAGAACAUCUUUUUUUCCUAACAAUCACAAUCCCUGUAGCCUCUCCUAUUUCCUUGAGCAUUGUCUCUCUGUCGCGCUGUUAAGCUUCGUGUUUAUAUUCUAAUGAAUCGAUGUCCAACUUUGAUACGACAAACGUAUUACGAUAUAACUCAAAGAAGUCGUGACUUACCAUGGGAUCAAUACGAUUUGCGGAACAAAUCUUUGGUGUUUCAGCGGACGUAGCGAAUAAGAAAGAGAAUGGUCAAAGUUUUACUCGUUUAGUUAAUUAUAGACCGAUUCGUCGGCAAGAAUAGAAAAACGUUGAAAUUUUGUUUGUUUCGGUUGCCCCCGCGUUCGGUUCAACGAAACAAAGGCCCGGCUAUCUUCUGGUUCGAAAACGAGAGAAACGAAGGGACGAAGACCGCGCCCCGGAGAAUAUUUGCAUCGAAAACUGGAUUAUAAAGUUUCGUUGUGUUAUCACUACUUAAGAGAUUAAGGUUUUCUUGCGCAGAGCCUCUUGGGAAUUCUAAUCGUGCUCGUUAACACUUUGAAACUCGAUCGAGGGUCUUUGUCUUCUUCGUGACCAAGAAAAAUUGCGCUCCAUCGUUGAUUAGAAUUCUCAUAUGUCGCAGGAAAUUACAAUGAAGAACACUGUUGACACGUUAUCAGACUCGGAGAUUCUUCUAACGGUAACGGCUUGCACGACUGCGCUCGUAUUAGUCGUUCUUCUUCCCACGCUCAUUUACUACAAAUUCUGUAAAAGAGACUUGCUAAAUCAAGUCGUAUAGAGCUGAGCGUUGACCAAAAGCACGGGGACAACACGACCAUCGUAGUAUAAAAUGUUGUAAAAUGUGUAAAUGUGUAAAUACGUAAAUUGUUAUGGAAUAUGUAAAAUGAUGUAAAAUACAGAUCUCAAUUUUCAUAAAACCAGUUCGUCUAUCUUGUUGAAUUGAAUUGAACGAAUGAGCGAAUCCGAGUCAACCGCAAUUAUCAAUUUCAUAGGGAAUUUCAUAUGGGAAAUACGAUGUCCACCGGUGUCCUCGUUAUACAAAUUUUCUAUCCUCAUUACGAUGAAACGCUACUGUCCACUCGCUGUUAGUACCGUUAACGCAGAAUUAAACGUAAUAUCAUGUAUAAUACAUGCACACUGAUUUUGAUUCGGGAGUAAAGUUUUACGAUUAGCAAAGGAUCAGCCAGUAUAGAUCGAAUAGUCUUUUAAACUCGAUAAUAGUGUUUGAACGUCGUUAUAUGUUGUCGAUAACGGUAUGGCAACGAACACAACGGUGUGUGGACUAUGUUCGCGUUGUAAUUUUGGGGAAUGAAAUUUUGGAGAACGUCGGUUCGGAUAAUUACUAGGAUGUAUCGGCAUGUGUUUGUUAAAGCCGGUUAUUGAAUAAUAAUUUCGGCCAUGCAGUCGCGGCAUCGAAUAGUCGAGUGGUUUGGAAUAAAAACGUGGACCCAUCGUUACCGAUCACGCUGUUCGCGUUUAGUUACGCAGGACGCGCGACCAUUUCGUUUAAUGGAAUAUCAGUACACGAUUGAACAAAUCGAUCGGCAGAAUUUAUCAUAUUACUACGGGACGUUGAGAAACACGAUGCUUUCCGAUUCGUUUGGCCGGCUACGACAUCAUGGGAGCAAUUGAAAUUGCUGAUAAUAUGUUUCAUCGAUUCAGUCAGUUUAACACGUACGAUGUUUUAACUUCGAUGGAUAUUCAUUUUUCAUUUUUUAUCGUACAUCGCGAAUAUUUUCUUGGUCCGGUAGUUGCUUCUUUUUUCCAGUUCACUACUUUCGUAAACGGAAUAUCAUAUGGCGGGAGAAUAGGGAAAUUGUUUUAAAAUUAGAUCGAAGGAUUAACGUUUGACUCUUGUCGCCGCCAUUUAUACUGCCAUGCUACGUCUUUCCUUGACGACUCUGUUAGUCCAACGUGUAAUUGCACACAACGAAGUAUAGAAAUUCGUCACUGUAAAUUCCGUAUAAGCGCUCGAACUUGUGUCACAGAUACAUGUCAUUCGCGUUCAGCAAUCUAAUUCGUAAUGUAUUACACUUGCAUUGGCGUUUGUAAUUACACAAACUCCAAACAAGCUUGAAACAAGAGAGUUUCUAUAUUCGUUUACAAAGGAUAACGUCGAAUAUUCAUUACAUUUUGCAAUUCAAUCGAGUUGAAUACAACUAAUUUAAAGAGCAAAAAUUUCCAAGAGCAUAGGACAAUGUAGUAAAAUAAACCGUAUACAUAAAGCUGGCGCGAAUAAUAAUAUCAAAUUUGAUAUAACCAGAAACUUUCGCGAGGUAUGAUCGGGUCGUUACCCGACUCGACAAUGUUUUCUUUCAUUGCAUUGCAAAUUCAAAACGUCUCGUUAACGCGUGAAAACGCCAACUUUUAUAGAAACGUAGAAGCUUACUCAGGAAUUUCAAAGCUACUCACCGUGAAAAUUUUCUUUCUUGUCGGUCGUAUAUAUGUAAAGUUACAACGCGUACUUUUAUUCAUUUCCAGUGAAUAAAUAGCAAACACCUUGCCCGAAUCUUUUUAUAUCUGAAAUCAUUCAAUAGAUAUUCCUGCUGCCAAUUAACCACGCUUAUUGAUUUAUCUUAAUAAAUCAGUUAUUUGCUUGAUAAAUUUAUCCACAGAAUCGUAUUGCACAAUAAUUUACUAACCAAUAAUAUUAACGAAUUGACAAGUGAUGAAUUAUGAAUUCGAAAUGUUUGUUCCACGAACACUCCUUAUCAUUUCACCUUCCGUACGACAAUUCGCUGACCUAUAAUCUGUAAAAUUUACUUAAGCAUUACUCGUUUUAUUAUUACACUUAUUAUUGUUACGUAAGAAUAUUUAUUUAUUAGUAUUCCUAUAAUACUUGUAGAAUUUCAUUAAUAAUUUCCGUUUUAUUUUAUUCAAUGUAACCCGAAUGAUAAUAUAGAGCGAUAUCGAUCGUCUAUACGUUUUCAUUGUACGGUAAGUACGAUUUUACCUACCGUCGACAAUACAAUAUCACAUAGAGGUAAACCUUACUAUUGGCAGUGAUAAGAAGUCGGAACACGUCUCGAAUUGUAAAGCUUAGGAGGUGAAUGAAAAGUCACGCGAUAAGGUGAACAAAUAUUCGGAUUUACCGUGCCGCAUAGGGUAGCAGCAUAAAUGUGUGGUAUAGAUAAGUCGUAUUCUACUACUGCAGGUUUCAAUUGGAUUACUAUACUGGGAUAAACUAAACCUCGAUAACAGAUUCGGUAUCGCAUGUAUCUCAACCGCGGAGGUUUACGUGCAUGUACUAAAGAGUAUUUUAUAUCUCAAAAGCAAAAGAAUUCGGUGGUGCUCCGAAGCUCUAAAGUAAUAGAGUCUUUACACCUUCAAACAUUGUAGCACUUUGAAUUUCGUGGCGUUGUGCAUCGUGUGAAGCAACUACUUGCGUAUGGAUGCAACAUAGAAUGAAAUAAUCGAAUAUGAAAGAUAUACGUAUAGAUGAUAACAUCUGUAUCGUGCAUAGACCAACCCCGUUCCCUAUAAUCUUCGUUACUAUCCAGCAAUUACGUUAUAAAACACUACUUGGAACAUCGAGGAAACUACAAAACGGACCCUUUACUGGGAAAUAAUAACUCGGGUUUUCCGGAUACUCUGCGUGUGAUAUGUAAUAGUCCUACACUGAAUGAUUAAUGAGAAUAAUUUAUUGAUCUUCGUUGGCCGCUGUUUUACUAACAUUUACAUCAGGGUGAAAGUUAUUUCGUUCGGUGUUCCAUGUUUCUAAAGAACAUUCAGUGAAAUGAGCAUGUUUAACGUGAACAUUCGUCAAGUACUGUACAUAGUGGAAUUGGCUGGAAUGUUCACGUGCACCUGGCCAAUUGAUCCGAAUAGUAGUAAGAAACAAAUCUUUUUUCGCAACAUCCGAUGGUCGUUUGCGAUAUUAAAUGUUAUUUUCCUAACGAUAUCCUUGGUGUUCGCUAUCUUUCACUUUCGACACGAUAUACCUAUUUUAAUGAAAACUGUCUCCGAAGUAACAGCUCUACUGGAGGUGCUCUUCGAUUUGAUUCUUUGUAGAAGGAAUAACGCUCAACUACAGGUUCUGAUAGGAAAAGUUAAAGCAUUCCUGGAAGUGGCCAGUGAACAUGAGACUAAGGCAAUAGAAAGAUACAUGGAUCGUUACAAGCAAUUUCUCUCGGUAACUGCAAUGGGAUAUAUCACAACCGCGAUCUCAUUUAGUUUGGCGCCUUUCUUCUCGGCCCAAGAAUUACCAGCAGAUGGAUGGCUUCCAUUUUCCACCGAAUCACUCGGAAUAUAUUGCAUGGUCUACGUUAACCAAGUUUACUGCAUUUUUCAAACGGCAUUCUGCAUUGGCGUUGAUUUCACGAUCGCUGUUUUGUUCAGUUUCUCCGCAGCCAGACUAGACAUACUAAGAAUGAAACUACGGCACGUGAAUAGCUCUGAUAUUCUGGUAAGCUGUAUCAAGGAACACCAAGAAAUAAUAGGAUUUGUGGAGGAUACUAAAACUACUGUUGAGACUUUAUUAUUCAAAACGAACGCCACGAUGGGAAGCGCUGUGAUAUGCGGAGCUUUCCCUCUGAUUUACAAUCAAUCAUUGGCCGUAAUGAGUCAGUAUCUUUCUUUUGUGGUGUCUGGUUGUACCCGCCUGUACGUCAUCUCCUGGCCAGCGGACGAUUUAAAAGAAAGUAGUGUGCAGUUCGCAAAAUCGAUCACCGACGUUCAAUGGUUAGGAAAGCCAAAAGACAUGAAAAGCUCCAUGCUUAUUAUGAUGCAGAGAAGUCAAAAACCGCUACUCAUUAGAAUGAGUGGUUUACUACCGCCUCUUACCUUGGAAUAUUUCGCAAACUUUAUAACUACAGUAUCGUCCUACUUCAUGGCAAUGAGAUCAAUGAUCGAAUCGUAA